AUGAAGUUCAAUAAUGAUAGUUAUUUGCAAACAGAGGUAAAAGAAAUAGUGGUAACAAAAUAUAAAGAUAUCCAGAUAGAAAAAAGGAAUAAAAGGAAAAGGGCAGUUGAAGAUACUAAUAGUAUUAAAAUAUUGAACCCACAACAAGAAUCUCUAUUAAAUGAUAAAGUAAAGCAUCUUUCAAGAAAUAAAACGUCAAAUACCAUCAAAAGAAGCAAUUCAAAUUCUUUUGCCAAUAGUCAAACAUUCUAA